GGUGCGGUCUCAGACUCUCAGAGUUAUACGAGACGGCUGGUCAAUGAUUUGGUGCCGUUUUAAAAACAAAAAUAAAAAGCAAACAAAACAUUAUCGAUCUGAUCUGAUUGUGAAAUCUGAAGGCUGAGGUUAAGGUGUUUUAUAAAAUCGGAAAUUCUUUGUGGUCUAAAGAUGCCGACUGUUGUGGUCAUUGAUGUCUCGCUCUCCAUGUCGCGGCCUGUUAGUUUAUCUGACACAUCAGAGCCGAUCACUAGAAGACAACUUGCAGUCCAAGGCGUCAAAUGCCUUUUAAACCAUUUGCAGGCUAAUUCCAGACUUGAGUUUGUCUCGGUGAUUGCAUUCUCGUCCCUGUAUGAUGUGGUGUGUCCAUUCACAAGAGAUUUCGAUUUGAUACGUUCAAAGCUGGAUCAGUUGGAAGAUUAUGACAAGACUUGCCUCAAAACCGCUCUGCAAGGGGUCGCAACCCUGGUGCUUGAUGAAUGGGGCAACAGCACAAUGUGCCAGAUUCUGGUUGUGACUGAUGGAAGUGUCGGAAUGGGCCCAAACAGCCUGUCAUCCUGUCUCUCUGAUGAUCCGUCAAAUCCAGUCCGUUUCAAUUUCCCUGCCACGUUCAACGUAGUCUGCCUAGCGAAUCCUGAUGAGCCUGGCAUAAACCAGUCCGUGGCUAUGUACCAAAAGCUCAUUGAAAUUUCUGGAAAACAAGGAGCUGUCUACGUCCCUGAGCAGAACCUAUCCGAGAAGAGUGUUGGGACGCUGUUCCAAAAAUUGGCUGAGAUCCAGUACACUUCAUUCCAAGGAACUUUAUCGUGUGGAAAACUGAAAUCAAAUAUUGUCCUGUCACCUACUCCGCAACCAUUCAAAGUUGACAAAGAUAAUAGGAGGAGGAUUUCCCAAAACAUUGAAAUCUGCGGCUUCAUUUCUGUCGUCGAUGUCGGCAGCCCCAUGGCGUUGUCCAGACAUCUAGUUUUGCCCUUUGGAAAAGACCAUAAUAAUUCCGGGGUGAACAUCGAUCCUGACGAUGACGACGAUGAUGAAGGAAUGACCCCUUCAUUUUGUGUUUUGCUUCAUGGCGCGUUGAAGGUUGAGAACAUGGUGGCCCUUUGCAUUCUUGGAGAAUGCUGGUAUGGGAUAAUCUACUCAUGGGCUGACACAAAGAAGAAAUCAAAUAUCAUGCUGAGCAUAUUUUACCCAGGGCUUGAUGUGAUUCCCUGGUUGGGGCCUUUGGAUUGCUUAGGCGUGCCGAAGAGCAAGGACCAGAGUGAGGGUCUGCCUGUGAAACCAGCCGAGAAGCGGAGCUACGCACAAAACCACGUGAAUUGGAUUAAACACGCGGGCCUGCAGUCUGACAUACAGAAAAUCCUUCGUCAUGCCAAAAAGCUGCCAGAGAAAACCCAGCACUUCUAUAAGGAGCUGAAUCGUGUGCGAAAAGCUGCCCUUGUCUUUGGUUUCAUUGACUUGUUGUUUCGAUUGGCUGAAAUUCUAGACAGGGAGUGUCACUCCCUGCCUGGCUCUGCACACCCUGACUGUGCUCUUCAACUCACCCACUCAGCUUCAAUUUUGAGAAACAGAAGCUGCCUCGACGUUAACUACACAAUUCAACCAAUGAGAACUAAAUUUGGUGGAAGUGACAAUUAAGGCAUUGCUGUAUAAUUUGUGUACCAUUAAACU